AGAGAUGAAUUACAGGAAGCAUAGAGCUUCUCUUCAUUCUGUGGUUUGAACUGAUGAAUCCAUGGGCAUCUGUCAACUUAUUUUCUAGGAAGAACACUUAUACAGUGACAACCACAAAAAAAUUUUAUGUUUGGCAACAUACAAUAUGCAUAAUGUGAGGUGAUCAAAGAAAGUCAGUGUGUGCUCUUUUCAGUCAUAUCAUUACAGAAUAGUAAACAUUCUAUUCCACAACCUAAUUUUGAAAAUGUUUAAUUCACAGAAUAUUGUGCAGUACAAACCAGAUUUAGAACGUUGAUCAGUAUGAGAGGAGUAUAUAGUUCUGAAGAUACCUUAAGCAAACACAGACUGGAUUAGGAACUCUAUUUUAUGAGGACAGUAUAUCAGCCACCAAACCAUACCACUAUUGCUUAGGCAAGAAACAAGACGCGUUCAUUUUCAGAUGAACUGGAGAAGCAAUACUUGAAUCCUUGCAAGACAUCUUAAAGAAAAAAGGAUUCUCAGAAAAACAUGACAAGAUGCAACGUAGGGUGAAGAUCUUACAGGAAGUGCUUGGUAUCAUCUGCACCAGCUGUAAACGCUCUCAGAAAUAUCCUACAUUGCCUGCAUACUACAUAUUUACCAAGUGUUCUGCGACUUCAGCAAGCAUUUCCAGUCUCUUCAACUUCUUGCACUUUACAGUUUCCUUUCAAAGGUCCAGCCUGCUAUUGACUGCAAUAAUGUCCCUGCAAAUGGUUUCAGUGAACAGCAGUACCAACCUAAUACAGCCAGGAUUCUCCUUACUCAAUUUUCAUGGUGAAGUCUUUCUUUUUGGGCAAAAAGGGUGGCCUAAACGAUCCUGCAGCACAGGCAUUUUUCUUCUUCAUCUCAAGGACCAUCUACUGAAACUUAAACCCGUUUCAUUUUCAUCGGAAUCAUGCUACCUUCCACCGCUGCGCCGGCCUGCAAUAACUCAUUACUCGGAUCCCUCAGAAACAGGAAGCCUUUAUUAUAUCAUUCACGGUGGGAGAACUCCGAAUAGUGAAGUGCCUAAUUCACUUUACGUCAUGAGGGUUUAUGACAAUACUGCCAAAAAGAGAACAUCUCUUUGUUGCAGUGAAAAAAAUCUGAAAGGAGAUGUCCCCACAGGAAGAUAUGGCCACACCAUCAAUGUGAUUCAGAGCAAGGGACAAACUAUAUGUGUCUUGUUUGGGGGUAGAUCCUACCAGCCUCCUGGGCAAAGAACCACAGAAAACUGGAACAGCUUAGUCGAUUGUUUGCCUGAGGUUUUUCUGAUUGAUAUGAACACCGGCCAUUGCACAUCCCACAUGCUACCAGAAAUAGAAGAAGGAUUUUCAUUCCAUGUUGCUGUUUCAAAAAUUGACACCAUCUAUAUAUUAGGUGGCCACUCCAUCAAAGACAAUCAUCGCCCUGAAAGAUUGCUUAGUCUAAAAGUAGAUCUUUCAGGCAUCCAUCCCAGUGUUAAAUGUACAGUACUGAAUGGGGGUAUCUCUGUAUCAAGUGCAAUAGUGACCCAAGCUGGCAAAGAUGAAUUCAUCAUUGUUGGCGGCUAUGAAUCUGAGAGCAAGAAGCGAAUCAUUUGUAACACCAUCGUUUUGGAGGAUGAUAGCAUUCAGAUAUUGGAUAAAGAUCCCCCAAUAUGGACUAGUGAUAUAAACACAAGCAAAACCUGGUUUGGCAGCGAUAUGGGAAGUGGUGCAGUGUUAAUAGGAAUUCCUGGAAAUACAAAACAGGAUACAUCAGAAGCAAACUACUUCUAUAUAGCAAAUUUUGGACAGCCAAAAGAGGAGAGCCAAAUGUCUGCCAGCCAGGAAUCCUUUACUGAUCCUGAGGAAUGCAGUGCAUUUGAAGAUUCAGAAGAAUUUCACUUUGUAGUUGAACCAGAUCCCUCUGAAUAUGUGGAAAACUUGAAUGAAGGUGAUGAAGAAGGAUAUUGGAUAAAAUGCAGUGCCAACUGCAAUAUGAAUAUCAAGAUCUGGGUGCCCUAUUAUUCCACAGAACUCAAUAAACCAGCAAUGAUCUUCUGUUCAAAUGCAGGUGAUGAUGGACACUGGGUACAUGCUCAGUGCAUGAAUCUCACAGAAUCACAGCUAAUCCAGUUUUCUCAGGAGAACAUAACGUACUUUUGCAAUGAACACUUUAUUGAUAGAAGCAUUAAAACUCCACCAAAGAUAAAGCAGAUAAAGCGAACACCAAUAAAAACCCCACGUAAGAAGUCACCAGCAACACUGAAAAGGACACCAAUGAAGAAAAGCUUCCUGAAGAGACUGUUUGAUUGAAAUUGUAAAACUUAUAACAAAAAUACUGCAUGCAGAUAAUUAUAAACAGUACAGGGUUCUGACUUUUAGCAUAUUCCAGACCUAUUACUGCAUUAAGAUAUCAGUCGUUAUUUUGUGGAAUAUAAAUGCAGCAACCAGGCAGCUAAAGGCCAUCUCUGGAUUAGUUAAUGUCAUUUACUGAUAACAAGGUGGAAAUUAUUUCUUAUUGAACAAAAGUUUAAAUAAACUGAUUUAACAAAAGAUGCCGUUUGGUCAAAUGUGACUAUUAUUAUAUUGUAAAUUGCACAAAUUUCUCAGAAUACAAUAAAACACAACACAUUGAAAAGCAAUAAACUCUGUUGUGUAAUGGGUCAUAAGGAAUAGGAGUAGAAUUAGGCCAUUUGGCCCAUCAAGUCUAUUCUGUCAUUCAAUCAUGGCUGAUCUAUCUCUCCCUCCCAACCCCAUUCUCCUGCCUUCUCCCCAUAACCUCUGACACCUGUACUAAUCAAGAAUCUAUUUGUCUCUGCCUUACAAAUAUCCACAGACUUGACAUCCACAGCCUUCUGUGACAAAGAAUUCCACAGAUUCACCACCCUCUGACUAAAUACAUUUCUCAUCUCCUUCCUAAAAGAGCGCCCUUUAAUUCUGAGGCUAUGACCUCUAGUCCUAGACUCUCCCACUCAUGGAAACAUCCUCUCCACAUCCACUCUAUCCAGCCCUUUCACUAUUCUGUAUGUUCCAAUUAGGUCCCCCCUCAUUCUUCUAAACUCCAGCGAGUCCAGUCCCAGUGCCGACAAACGCUCAUCGUAGGUUAACCUACUCAUUCCUGGGAUCAUUCGUGUAAACCUCCUCUGAACCCUCUCAAGAGUCAGCACGUCCUUCCUCAGAUAUGGUGCCCAAAAUUGCUCACAAAAUACCAAAUGCAGCCUUACCAGCGCCUUAUAGAGCCUCAACAUUACAUCCCUGUUUUUGUAUACAAGCCCUCUUGAAAUAAAUGCAAGCAUUGAGUUUGCUUUCUUUAUUACCAAUGGGAACCUAUGUUUAAAUUAUAUUUAAAUAUUAUUUGAUCUUGAACAAUUUCAUAAGGUUACCUUCACUAUUUCUUUGCGUUAGUGCCUUGAAUGCUGCAUUCCAAGGGAUAUGGGGAGGAGAAUGGGGUUGAGAGGGAUAGAUCAGCUAUGAUUGAAUGGUAGAGUAGACUCGUUGGGUUGAAUGGUCUAAUUCUGCACCCAUGACUUUUGAACCUAUGAACAUAUUUG